CUUUGGUUCAUGUGAUGGAAAAGCGUUGGGCAGAACAAAAACUUUUCACAUCAAAGACAUAAGUAUGAUCGACUUGCCCUGUGUAACAAUGUCAAUCAUAUGCCCAGUAUCAUCAUCACCAUGCGCCUCCUCAAGUCCCUACUCGUGGCUGCAUCCGCCAUAGCCGGCUGCAAUGCCCUCCCAGGCAGGGCUCUUCACAAGAGAGACAUCACCACUCAACAACUCGACACCUUCACCUUCUGGGUCCAAUACGCCGCAGCCUCCUACUGCGAACCCAACUAUGCCGGCAAGGCAGGCCACAAAAUAACCUGCUCGGCACAGAACUGCCCCGCAGUCGAAGCCUCCAACGCAACCAUCAUCACUGACUUCUCUAACACAACCCCCACCGACACAUCCGGCUACCUAGCCGUCGACCACACCCACCGCGCCAUCAUCCUCGCCUUCCGGGGCAGCUACUCAAUCCGCAGCUGGCUAGCGGACUUCACCUUCGUUUACACGGACCCCAACCUCUGCAGCGGGUGCGAAGCCGAGCUCGGCUUCUGGAGCUCAUGGACAAACGUCCGCAAGACCCUGACCCCCACGCUCAACAACACGGUAUCUCAAUACCCCGACUACGAACUCGUCAUCGUGGGCCACUCCUUGGGAGCCGCCAUCGCGACUCUCGCAGCAGCAGACAUCCGCGAGACCGACGGGCUCAACGCAACGCUGUACGCGUACGCAUCGCCGCGUGUAGCAAACCCGAAGCUAGCGGAGUUCAUUACGAAUCAGAACAAGGGGGCGAACUACCGGUUCGCGCAUACGGAUGAUCCGGUGCCCCGGGUGCCGUUGGAGGUGAUGGGGUACAAGCAUAUUAGUCCUGAGUUUUGGAUUAGCUCGGGGAAUAACCAGAGUGUGAGUACGCAGGAUGUGGUGGUGUUUCAGGACGGGGAUGAUAAGAGGGGGGAUGUUGGGUUUCCGAAUUUGUUGCAUUUCGAGGCCCAUCUUUGGUAUUUUGAGAAGUGGGAGGUUGAUGCGUGUAAGGGGGAGGGCUUGCCUUGGAAAUGAUUGAUUACGAUGUGAUGAUUGGGAGCUGAGGUGAGGUUUGGAGAGGGGAGUGUGGUGAUCAGGGGCUGUAUAAAGUUUGGUGGAAUUGGGAGAAGACGUAUAUACUUAAUGGUGU